AUGACUUGCGAUGAUAUCACUAUCACGGCAAGUUUCAAGGCCAGUGAUAGGAGUGCCACUGACGUAGAAAUGUACAACCGAUUUGAAAAGGAAGAACCAAUGCCUCGAUUCAAGCAUCGCGGAAGGUACUGCUGGGGUGGUAUGCCUUUGUGGGAGCUUAUAAUUAUAGCACUAUUCAUCGUCAUAUGUGUUGUUGUGGCGAUCAUGGUCCCUGUGCUGUUCAUCACAGUUGGGUCAGCCGUCGCCCAAAGUGGAGUGGAAAAUACUAUCAUAACAAUCGAUAGUCAAUCCAUCGUCUACUGGGGCCAGAACUACCAGGAAUCGUGCUCAGCCUCGGGCGUAUGCCCUAUGAAUGCCACAGAAACGGACAAUUCGCCAACGUGUACUGGAACGGCCCAACUCGUGCCGAACAUGCUUAUUAUGAACCAAACACUCACAUUCAGCAAUGUUCCACUGGAGGGUACACUGCAAGCUGGUCAGUAUCAAUUUUGGUACACCUUAGAAAAUGAGGGAAACAGCACAACACCUCCAACGAAUGAAUCUGCCGUUAUACUAAUCGGCGAUCUCAUGGUACCUCAACUGUCUUUGCAUGGGGUCAAGGACGGCUCGGUGACCAUCGAAGAUAUCCCUAUGACAUUGACGAUUCAAGACCCGUCCUUUUUCAGUACUUUUGCCGCCAUUAAAAUUGCACCUGGGGGAAAGGGGCUCUGGCUGCGACAAUCGGGUAAUUCCAUAAUCGAGGUGGAUAUUGUGGGCACACGAAUGUACUACCAUGUGACAGUGGCCACUUGGAUGUUUGCCACUAACUUACUGCAGUGCGACGGUCCGUUGUCAGCUAUUCCAUCUAUGAGUACGGGUUGCCCAUGUAAGAAUACGUGUAUUUCAUGGCCAUAGUAGACAUGCAUACUUAUUUAAUUUACCAC